AUGAAUUUUGCUAUUAUAGAGAACAAUCCUUCUGGAAUAUGCUCGGAACUGCCGAGAAGCAAGAUCAUUGAUACUAUAGAGGCCUUAAUCAAUUAUGGAGAACCGGAAAAGGUGAAUGGAGUUGAAAUUCUGGUUGAAAAUGAAACGCCUAAGCUAAAGCAAACUCUCAUCACGAACUUCGUAAAGUGCAACAGCGGGCUAAGGAGACACAUCUCAGGAUUGUUCACCUUAAUAUAUGUGGAUUAUAUCAAAAAGUCAUCGAAUUGCAGAAGCUCUUGACAGGAUGUAGUCGCCCUGUGUGAAACCCACUUUGACCAAGCCUGGAAUGCUCCACCUAUAAAGGGAUACAAGUCUCCCCAAAAGGCCUCACUUGUCAAUUCUCCAGUUGGUCGAACCAACCUGAGUUGGCUCGGCCAACUGGAAGAAGGAGCUUGCCGAAGUGGCGCCCAUACUGUGCCACUCAAGGCAAAAAGCUAUACAAGUGGGUUUGGAAUUAAUGGUAGUAGGAAUUUAUAUAAAAGAAUGGAUGGAAGCUGAAAGGGUGCAUCUGGGAAUGACUGAAGCUAUUGGUGGCAGGGUCAUUGUGGCUAG